CAAGACAGAUGAUAUCGAUAUAUCGAUAACGCAUCAUACCUUUAUUUAAUUUGUACGAUAAUUACAUAGUAUUAUUAAUGAGUAUUUAUUGCUGUUGCGGCUUCUAAAUGAUUACUGCAUUGGCAUUCUUGCUGCUGCUGCCGCUGCUGGUGUUCAUGCCGCUUGCGCCCCCGGCUGUGGCAUUGAUCAAUCCCCAAUCCCAGCACUUCACCGAUGAGCAAUUCCAUGAAGAGCUGGUGGUGCGACCGCUUGCCGGCGACCAUGUAAACACGUAUUUCCAAUUCACCACACGCUGGCACUAUGGCACCCGCAACAAUCUUUAUCACACACAGCUGACGCCGCGCGUCAUCGCCGAAGUGCUGCAAACGUACGAUGUGAAGGAGCUGCAUAUUGGUCUGACGCAAGGCUUGUGGCGCUACGAGAGUUGGGGCUAUCCGAUUGUGGAGGCAACUGGCGGUGCCGAAAUGUGGGCCUGGUUUAGUGCACCAAAUCUGAGCAAUGAUGAUGUGGACAAACAAUGGAUGCAACUGGCCAACGUGUUCUCGGGCGUGCUCUGUGUCUCCCUGAAUUUCGUCGACAAUACCAAUACGAUUGCGCCCAAGCACAUAUUCCGUCCACAGUUUAUGCACACGGCAAAUCGAAGUCAACAAUUUGUGCGCUACGCGACACUGCCGCGCGAAAUUGUCUGCACGGAGAAUUUGACGCCAUGGAAGAAACUGUUGCCCUGUGGCAGUGCUUCGGGCUUGGCCACGCUGCUCAAUUCUGGCUAUGUCCACAACACAAAAUAUCAUUCGUUGGGCGUUAAGGUGCGCACUCUGUGCGACACCGAUGAUCCCAACAAUUGCAUCGUGGAGCUAACCCAAACGGCCAAUCUGGUGUACGAUUUAAAGCUUCUCGAGCAGAGCAGCACAGAUUUUUCAUUGCGUCGCCUGUUCGGCAUGGGCCUCAAUGGCAACUGUGAGCUGGCCAGCAGCAGUAAGAUCUAUGUGCAACGCAGUGAGCGAGGUGAACAGUUUCAAUUGGUGCCGCCGCCACAGCACGAAGUUACCAGCACACGUGGCGGCUACACGGCCAUCUACGCUGUGUACGAUAUGCAGGAACAGUUUGAAGGGCCAGGUGCACGGCUCUUUAACAUUGCCUGGGUGGGGCCGAAGUCCAGCAGCAGCAGUGGCAGCAACAAGGAGCGAGCAUCGUUGCCACCGCUAUAUGCGCAUCGCUAUCUGCUGGGCAAUGGACAGAAGCGCGGACGCAUUGCCACCGAAAUAACCAACACACAUUUCGACGCCCUGCCCAUCAUCGUGAUGGAGCUGGUGCCCUGGUAUGUGUACGCCUAUCUGCACACGUUACGCAUACGCAGCAAGCCGCAACACCGGCACGAUUACGGCGCCAAGGAGCUGAAGUUCAGUUUGCUGCAUUAUGCGCCCGGCAAACAGCGUGAGCUGUCCACCCAUCUUGAGAUUGGAUUUAUGCUGCCCGCACGCAGUAGCGCUCUGAUUACCAUUGAGGUGGACUAUUUGCUGCUGAAAUGGUUGGAGUAUCCGCCGGAUGCGAAUCAUGGACAUUAUAUUGGUGCUGCCGUCAUUAGCAGUCAGCUGCCAACGGGUCGCAAUUAUACGGCCCUGCCGCUUGAGGGGCAUCUAUUCAGGGACUCGUACAAUGCCUCGCGGCCGGCUUAUACGCUGACAUUGCGCACUGAGGCGUUAAUUGUAUCACUGCCCACGCCCGACUUCAGCAUGCCAUACAAUGUGAUAUGUUUGGCGUGCACCGUGGUGGCAUUGGCCUUUGGGCCCAUUCACAGUGUCGCCACUAAGCUGAUCAUUGUCGAGCGCCAGACGACCAUGCCGCGCAAUCUUCUGCGCAAACUCUUCCACAAGCUAACCAAUCGUGCCGCAAAGCCAACUCCAACUGCCUUACCCGAACAGAAUCAGCAGCAGGCAGCGAAUCAGGACGAGGAGACGGACGACAAGAAGCAGUCGGAAAAGCAAUCAUCUUGCAAUACGCCGACGCACAUGUGAUAAACGGAGAAAGACACUGAGACAGCAGAGAUGAUAUACUCCCCAGCAGCACCUCAUUUUUGGUUAGCUGUAUUAAAAACAACAAAAAGAAUGAACAAAACAACAACAUAUUCCAAAGUACAAUAGUCGUUUGGCAUGUCCUAAAUAAAUAAAACGCUCGCACGUUCAUGUCCACAUACUAAAUACAAUAAAUAUGUGUUAUUUAUCAAAUCAA